AUGUUCUUAAGAUGAAUACACUUUCCAAUUAUGUUUUCAUUAAUUAAUGUCCUUUAUUUCCAAGCUGGGCUUGGAGCCCUAGCCAAUAUAUUUCUUCUUCUUUUCUACACUAUCAUAAUCCUAUGUCACAGAUCUAAGCCCAUGGACUUGAUCUCCUAUCAACUGACCUUCGUUCACAUAAUGAUGAUCCUCACUGCAGGGGAGAUUUGGCUUACAGACUUAUUUGAGUCAUUGAACAUUGAGAAUGACCUCAAAUGUAAGGCAACUUUUUACAUAAACAGGGUGAUGAGAGGCCUCUCUAUCUGUAUCACCUGCCUCCUGAGUGUGUUCCAGACUGUCACUAUCAGUCCCAGUACCUCACUGUUGGCAAAAUUUAAACAAAAACUGAAAAAAUACAUCAUCUAUGCUUUAUUCUACUUAUGGUCUUUCAAUUUGUCCUUCAGCAGUAACCGGAUCUUCUACGUUGGUGCUUAUACCAACGUGAGUGAGACCAGCCAGAUGAGGGUCACUAAAUACUGCUCACUCUUUCCCAUGAACAUCAUCAUCAGGGGACUGAUUUUAACAAUGACAACUUCCAGAGAUGUAUUUCUAGUAGGAGUCAUGCUGACAACAAGCAUGUACAUGGUGAUUAUCUUGUGCAGACAUCAGAGGCAGUGCAAGCAUCUUCAUAGCAUCAGUCACUUGAGAGCAUCCCCUGAGAAAAGGGCCACCCAGACCAUCUUGCUGUUGGUGGGUUUUUUUGUGGUCAUGUACUGGGUGGACUUCAUCAUCUCAUCCACCUCAGUCCUAUUAUGGAUGUAUGACCCAGUCAUCCUGACUGUUCAGAAGUUUGUGAUGAAUGCCUAUCCCACAAUUACUCCUUUGAUACAAAUCAGUUCUGAUAACCGAAUAAUCAUUACGCUGAAAAACAUGCAGAAAAUAUGCCACCAGAUUUUUAAAAAGGGGUAGUUUUUGUCUUGUUUUAAAACAAUUUAUUUAUUUUUAUUUAUAUUUAUAUGUAUUAAUUUUGGUCUGGCAUGUAUGCAUGUGUGCAUUCCUGGUAUUCACAGAAGUCAGAAGAGGUCAUGGGAUUCCCUGCAACUGGAGGUACAGAUGGUUGUAAGGUGCCAUGCUGUUUUUCCCUCAAAAACAGAUUUUUCUUAAACUGUUUAAUAGUUCAAGUAGCAAAGCAAUAUUCUUCAUAUGAUUUAAAAUAGAAUUUGUAGUAUUAUACUUAUUCAUUCAUUUGACAUUUCUACUACCAAAAAGUAUAGAGUUCUUAAGUUUAUUGUACAUCAUAAAUUGAUAUUUCCACAGGAAUUCUCUUAGUCUCUCUGUUUUACUUUAUAUCAUAAAUGUUCCCUCGAUGCUAGGGAUAUUCAAAAUAUGAUCCUUGCUGAUAGUGACUUUUAAAGGCUUUUUUUGAAAAUAUUUUUAUUUACUCUAAAUAAUCAAGACUAGUUUAAAUAUCUGAUUAUAGCUUUAAUUCUGGUUCCUAAUUAUAAUUUCUAUGGAUCCAUAAAGAUAAUGAGGUUAAAGUUUCCAGUUUUUACUACUCAUUAAGUAUUAAGUACUUAACGAGUCAUAUGAAAUUUUAUGUGCCUGUAUAUUUUCACAUCAUUUUACCCACUCUUCCUGAAAGAUCUAUGAAUAAAAAUUGUGUAUAUACACA